AUGCAAACCAUACUCAAUAACUAUCAGUUGCUCAGAUAUAUUGUGUCCAAGCUGGACAGCAACAUUGAUCGUUUAUGUCUCAGUUUUACAUGCAAGCAUCUUUAUACAAUCAGAGAGCGAUAUCUGCGUUUGGAACAGAGCUCGCCUUUCAAGGUGAAUGCAGACCACUUGCUCGACUAUAGUGCGCACACACUCAGAUCAUAUGAAUCAUUGCUGACAAGUUCGGUGUCCAAUGUCCGCUGCGUAUGUGAUGCCUCGAUGAUUGUUCUCGAGAUUGCGCCUUCAUACUGCACCACAAUAGACUAUAGUUAUCACUUCAAGCUUACAUGCGACAUGUCAAAGAUACCAAAUAACAUUCAUACCUUGAUCGUCAGGCAUACCCAAUGCAAUAGACUAGGCGAGCUACCAACAUCCAUCACUCGACUCAAGCUGGACAUGGACGGCUACUUCAUGUUGAGAUUAGCUGGGGAAGCAUUGACCAACCUCAACUUGCGAUAUAAUGUCCGUCUACCUCCACAUUGCAUUCCAUCAUCGGUGAUCACUUUGAAGCUCACGUGUCCAGAAGUUCAUUUGGGUGACAUCCCUCACUCGGUCACUCGUCUCACGCUCUCGGUGGGCCGGCUGUCGGUUGGAGUGAUCCCACCAUCUGUCACACACUUGAGAUGCACAGGAUGCUUGGAUGACCAACUCUCAUCCGAGGGUGUCAUUCCGGACUCGGUCACUACGCUCUAUUUCCGAGAGUUGGUACUGACCAAGGGCUCAUAUCUUCCGACAUCAAUCACCUCACUGACCUUUGACAAGGUUCAUGGUAUUGGUCUUCUGCCACUCCCCUCAUCGGUCACCGAUCUAACAUUUGGAGAUAAGUUUAAUCGUGUGAUUCUCCAACCGAUUCCAGCAUCGGUGAGGACUCUUCGAUUCGGAGAAGCAUUCAAUCAAUCUCUGGAGGGCAUGCUCCCAUCAUCGCUCAUUCAUCUUCAAAUUGCUAAUUCAUUCUAUUCUCAACAGUUGACGAGACAAACAAUCCCAAGCUCAGUUAUCUCAUUGCACUUGGGCUUCAGAGUGUCGACACUUGUUCAUGGAUUCAUUCCUGGCUCUGUUACUACGCUUUAUCUAGACUCUCAAUACCUCAGACUUGGACCCGGCCUCAUACUACCAUCAGUGACCUCUCUUACACUUUUUGGAGAGUCCAUCGUGAAUCGUCUUGUUGCAGGCAUUAUUCCGGCAUCUGUAACAUCACUGUCUUUUGAAUGCUAUGUAAAGUUCCAUCAUGACGCCACCUGCAGUGCCAUUCCAGCAACGACCACCAGUCUCCGCUUAGGAUCAAAUUACUAUUUGAAAGGACGUGAAUUCGACUUCAUCCCGCCAACAAUCACAUCACUGGAUCUGGACGAUGACGAUAUCGACGUGCUCUCUCAACUUCAAAGUCUCAAAGUUGUUUCCAACUACUUUGAUAAGGAGACAUCAUUCGAUACUAUCGUCUGGAUCUUCAAAGCUACGGCCCUCACUUCAAUCUCAUUCGCAAUUAAACCCGUUGCCUGGAUCGAUAACAAUCGAAUCUUCCACCAUCUCGUGUUCCGAAAGCUUGACAAACAUCAUGCUCUCUUCCUUUCAGAUUUCCGCUUCUCUGGGUUCCUGUCGCUUCGACUGGAUACCUAA